AUGCUUUACUUCCAGAUGGUGAUCAUGGCAGGGACCGCGAUGCUGGCUUAUUAUUUCGAGUACACGGACACCUUCGCGGUCAACGUGCAAGGCUUCUUCUGCUACGAGGGCGCGUACCGAAAGCCCUACCCGGGCCCGGAGGACCGCAGCGCCGUGCCCCCGGUGCUCCUCUAUUCGCUGACCGCAGGCGUGCCCGUCCUGGUGAUUAUCGUUGGAGAAACUGCAGUGUUUUGUCUACAGUUAGCUACAAAGGAUUUUGAAAACCAAGAAAAAACAAUAUUAAGUGGAGACUGUUGUUAUAUAAAUCCACUGGUGCGCAGGACCAUCAGAUUCCUUGGAAUUUACGCAUUUGGACUGUUUGCUACGGACAUCUUUGUAAAUGCUGGACAAGUAGUAACAGGGAAUCUUGCACCACAUUUUCUUGCACUUUGUAAACCCAACUAUACAGCACUUGGAUGUAAACAGUAUACACAAUUCAUCAGUAGCGUACAUGCCUGUACUGGAAAUCCAGAUCUUAUCAUGAAAGCCAGAAAGACAUUCCCAUCCAAAGAAGCAGCACUAAGCGUGUAUGCAGCUAUGUAUCUGGCUAUGUAUAUCACCAACACAGUAAAAGCCAGAGGAACAAGGCUUGCAAAACCUGUUCUGUGCUUGGGCUUAAUGUGCUUGGCUUUCCUUACUGGAAUCAACAGAGUAGCAGAAUAUCGAAAUCACUGGUCAGAUGUAAUAGCAGGAUUUAUAAUUGGAAUAUCUAUAGCAGUAUUUUUGGUUGUUUGUGUGGUAAAUAACUUCAGAGGACGUCAGCCAGAACAUGAACAUUCUCAUAUGGAUAAUCUGGCCCAGAUGCCCAUGAUCAGCAUACCCCGAGUAGAAAGCCCUUUAGAAAAGAACCACAUCACGGCCUUUGCAGAAGUCACAUGAUGUUGACGCUGAUGUAUAUUCACUCCAUUGGACUUCAUCUCUUUUCACAGCCCACACACGAUAAUUGCAGUGUAUCAAAAAUAAGAAAUUUUUAGAAGUCUUAUUUCUGACUUGAUUUUUACAUCUUUAAAAUUAUACCAACAUUUUGAAGAAUUCUUAAAUAUUAGAAUGUCACUUUACUUUCUAGCAAAAAUAGUAACUGUUUACUUUUUGAUGGAAUGGGACAAACUGAGCACUAAUUACAUUUAUCUGACAAUACCCUCUAUUUUGGCUUCUCAUUGUUUUUAAUGGUUCAUGUACCUAUUCCAACAGUACUUCAUAUUUUGAUUUUACUUUGAUUUUUAAAGUCUACAUUUUUAAUUCAGCAUGAACUUGUUUCCAUUUGAGGCAAUUUCAGUGUAUAAAAAAUAGACAAAUAUUAUGUUCUGUAUGAAAAUGCUUUUUGCACAUUGUAUUACGCUGUAUUCCAUGUAAGAUAUCAUUCAAACAGUAUGUUAUAUGUAAGAAUGGUGCUUCUGCUUUUGAAGAGAAAAAAAAAUGCCAAUUUUUACUGUAAUAAGUAUUGUAUAAUAAUUAAAAGUUUAUUUAUUUGGGUAUUUUCCUGACAUAAUUGUAGUUGAAUUGUUGUUUUGUAGUUCUUGAAUGUCUUGGAUGAUAUAUAUGUAUCUAGGUUAAGAGAAAUGAAAAUAAUAUAGAAAGUUUGAUCAUUGAUAUAUUCUUUAUUACUAAUGAUACCCCAUGAAAGGUUAAGGGCUCCAUUCUUAGCUCAGCAUGUCUGAUGGGAAGCCGUAUUACUCAUAAGUCGUUUAAACAAAUUGUUCAAGGAAGGCUGCAUCUUCUCGUAUUUGUUGUACACCCUGAUAUUAUGCUGGGAGAAUGGGUGCUAAGAUAAGAAGAGGGUCACUGGCUUAGUGAGAAAAAUGCAUAUGAGUUUCUACUUUCCAU